GGUAGUCAUUGUUAGCGAUUUUAUUUAGCGUGGGUUGAGUGGUUGGUGGGUGCGUUUUGAAUAAUCAAGUAAUUGAGCUCUUAUCGUGCACAAGGCAUUGUGGAUGCCAUAAAGGCCACAAUGUCACAACAAUAUAGUUUGCGGUGGAAUAACCACCAACCCAACUUUAUUUCCAUGUUUGGAACACUACUGGCUACCAAAAAUUUGGUUGAUGUUACCCUUGCUGCUGAGGGGCAACAUUUAGUUGCCCACAAGGUUGUACUGUCAGCAUGUAGCACCUACUUCCAUUCUUUGUUUGUGGACAACCCGUCACAUCACCCUAUUGUAAUAUUGAAGGACGUAACAUUCAACAACUUAUGUACAAUGGUGGAUUUCAUGUAUUAUGGAGAAGUCAAUGUUACUGAGGAACAGUUACCACAGGUUUUAGAAACAGCUAAAAUAUUAAAAAUCAAGGGACUGACAGAAAUGCCAGACUCAACGUCACUCACCAGAUCUCAGGGAGCAUCAACAGACUUUCCAAACCCAGAAAAUUCCAAUGAGACUAACAGACCCUCGGUUUCUCCAUCAUCACCCAAUAUUAAACGAAAACGGCGUCGCGUAAGUUCAACUGGAUCAGGUGUAAAUUUGGUGACAGAUGACAACAGAAGUAAUGAUUGUGGUCAAAACUUGGAAUUAAUGCGAGAGGCAGUUACGCUUAGCAGUCUACCACAGCAGAAACGACGAGAAUUAGAUGAACGGAUGGACAACCAGGUGAGCCUAUUGACUGGAGAACCCUCGAAUAUCAAUAUUGAUCAACUUGCUAUUGACUCAAAUGCAGUUGGAAUGUCACAAGGACAAUGGAGUAUGUUGGAGCAUACAUACCCUCGGUAUCCGAACGCUUGUCUUGGCGGCGGCGGGUUCCAACCUGAUCAGGGGAUGUAUCUCAAUAAUGUUAUUAAUCAACACGGAGAUCCAGACAUGAAUCAUUACGGUCAGACGCUAGGAGUUCCGGGUCCUGCUCCUGGUCCCAGUUGUGUUGCCGAAGCCCAACCGAACCAGAUGCAACAAAUGAAUCCAACACCGCAAAGACGACGUCGCCAGACAAACCCACAAGACGCAGAAAAUUUCCAAAAAGCACUAGAAGCCGUACGGGUCGGUGGUAUAGGAUUUUGUAAAGCGGCGAGAUUGUUUGGAGUGAACAACCGAACAUUAUGGCUCGAAUAUAAAAAGAAGGGCUAUCCAAAUAACCGGCCUAGUAUAAAGAGCAGAAUCAAACGCGAGCACGUCACUCCGCCUCCGGAACACAAAGAAGAGCCGCAGCAGCAAGACCAACAGAUGGCUUUAAUAUGUCCCCCACAUUCAGUACCCGUUGGAUUCAUAGACCCCCGGCCCGUUGACUUUCCCCUCCAAGUUAACAACGCUCCCCUGAACAUUAUUAAUGGCGUAAACUUUCCGAUGCAAUAGAACGCGGCGUGCGGGGUGCAAGGUAACGAGUCGUUCUCCUUGUGACCCGAGUGGCAAGGCGGUGAGUGCGGGCCGCCCCACCUCGCGUCCCUAGCGCCUCUUGCGCCCUCGCCGCCUUUGCCGCCCUUGCGCCCGCAGACACGCUACGAUAUCUAUAUGCAAAUGCCCUUGUAAAUAUUGUUAUUCAUUCAUGUUCAUUAUCGUCCAGUAUUACUCGGUACCCAGUCGGAUACAGAAUAUAAAUAAAUAAUUAAAUAUUAAACGUAUUAAAGUGAGCGGACGGUGCAGGCCACACGCGUCCUUUAGCCAUAAACUGUAAGGUAUGUUAAGAUCUCAGUAGAAAGGUAAGUAAAUACAGGUAUUUGAUAUCAGCUUUUUAUAAAUAAAUUCCUAUCAUUAAAAGUUAUUUGUGAAUCGAAGCAUGUGAUAGUGAAUUAGUUGAGCCACGGGAUAAAACGGUUCAGAAAACUUGGAUACUUACUAAAAUUAUUUUCUGCUAUCUAUGUUUCACUGCCGGUUUUUGAAACGUUACCUCAUUAUGCGGUGCAUCUCUUAAAUUUAAUAAGUUGCAGAAGUGAUGUCUUAAAUAACACUGACAAUCUACGAUGACUGUCAGCCGAAGAAUUAAUCGAUCGUUCUCGAUCUAUUUGGUCCGGAUACAAAUUGACAUUUUAUUUAACAAACACUCGCAUGGAGCUGGAGCUUGAUGUGUACGGAUGAAAUACCAAAGGUCAGAAAUAACGGAGUAUGGGCUUAUUUUCCCUUUUUUAUUUUAAAUUUGCAUCUAAGGUACAAGCCAAUCUAUCCAUUAAAUAUUAUCCGACACCUAUCGAAUAUUAGGCAUCAUAAUGUAUACAUUAUUAUUUCUAAUUUUACAUAUGGUCAUAUCCCAGGAUUUGUGGUAGAAAGAGAGUUAACAAUUUAUGUAGAUAAUUGUAACAUCUUCAACUAAUAUAUUUCUGUAUCGACCUUUGACCCUUAAUAGUUUUAUAGGUUUGUACUGUGGGCACUUUGAUAUUUUAUUUGUAAUAAUAUGUUCAAAAUUCAGCUCUAUGCAGAGGAUUAAAUGAAAAGUCCAUUUUGAUCGGAUUUUAAGUUAAAUAGAUAAUAAAAUUGCGAGUUUUUAAUUAUUCUCGAUUUGACUCCUUUAACGUGACUUGGUUAAUUAGGAAUAUUGUACAUUUUCAGCAAUAGUAGGCAUAACGUAGCCUGAUUAUAUGUAUAAUUAAGAUUUUAGAUACGACCGUUUUCGAUCACUGCUGAUCAUUUCAAUUGUUUAAUUUAAUCUCUUAUGUUGUAUCACUAUAAUAACUAAUAUACGUACGUAUCUAACUUCCUUAAAAGGACGCCGUCUUCAGAAAUAACUAAGAAGAAGUAGUUAGUGACAAUAUCUUCUCGUAGAUUGCUGUUCAAAUCAAUGUCUGCGUAUUUCAAAAUACGUCAAAUAAAUGAUAAUAUAUAAAAUUAAAUCCUUUCAAAUAAAGCUAUAUCGUCCCAUCUGGUGACAUUUCUGUAAUAAAUAUCUCUUAUAUCGAAACGAGACGAGACGAGAUAUUCUUACUGUAAUCGUUCGCGGUAAUGUAAAUAUGUCAUGUUUUUCGAUGUAAUUAACUUUGUAUAUUUGUGCUGCCUGUUAUAUUAUAUAAUUUACCUUCGACUGUCGUAUUGUCAUUCGUCUGUUUGAACGUUACCGUUUCGAAUAGUUAGUAACAUUUUCAUCUUAAUCGUAUCCUCUAUUGGAUAUUUAGUGACUUCGGAUUAUCAUUUUUUAAUAAAUAUUCUUCAAUUAUUAAUGCAUAAUAAAUAUUAAAUGAUGUUUUGAUAGUUAACACCUCCUUUAUACCAUAAAAGAUGGCGACAACGUGAUAAUGUCUAUAAAGCUUUGCAACCAAAAAGACUUAUCGUUAGUUGGAAUUGGAAACAUUCAUAAAAAGCUGCGUUGAAGUAAUUUGGCUUUACAAUGUAUUCAUUCAUAUGAGCAAUAAAAUGAUUAGGCAAGGAGACUGAUAAGCUAAAAUAAUUUAAAACGCAAUUUUUAAACGUGCACGAGUCACUGGAGUUAUUACACUAUAUGAUUUUUAGAUAUCUAACUCGUUUAAGAUUCUCUAUAGAUAUAAUUAUGUACGUAUAUAAGAGGACAAUGACGCAUAUCACUAGACGUGUUCUAGGCUUGACAAUAUUUUGUAAUUAAUGACAUUUAAAUAAAUGAAGCCGACAAAGUACUAAACUGGCUACAAAAUAUAUAAUACAAAGAACAUUUUUGUUAUUACAAUUAGGUUUUUUUGAAACAUUUAAUGAAAGAUGUGGAUUCUUAUUGUUUCACAAAUAAUUAUUGCACAUACUGAGUUUAAAUUAAACUUUUUAACGGGUCAAAAUAAUAUUAUUUGCACGAUUUUCAAUUUAUAUUAGACCAAGGAUCAAGCAACACAAGUGUAAUUGAAAUGACUAUAAUAAUUUCAAUUACACUUGUGUUGCUUGCUAUAUUGCGAUGCUCAAUCGACGAAAUCGCUAAAAUCGGGUGCAUACAUUUCAAUACCCUCGAGUACCUAAUACUCGCAUACAGCGCAUCUCCCGGUAGUCAUUGGAUCAAAAUAACAUCGUAGUUAUAUUUUUUAUUCUUAAUAAGAAUUUCUUAAAACCGUGUAGUGUAAUAAUCCUUCACCUUAACUUCUAGAUACGACCCAUGUCAUACAAUUAUGUGUCUUAAUAUUGUAGUAAAAUCUAUGAUGGUCUUCUUUGUUAUGCAAAAUUCAAGGUCAAUAAUAAUAAUUUCAUUGAAAAUCAUCGCAUUUCAUCAAUGUCUUUAUUAACUUUCGUGGUAAAUCUAUAUUUGUAUUGAUAUACAGAAAUGUAUGAAUAUUUUUCUAUUAUUUAUAUAAUUUACCGUAAGUUCUUAAUUAAACUGAAUAUUGUAAAAUGACUAUCGUAUA